AUGUGUGGUGGUACUAUAAUCUCCAAUUAUAUAGUCUCGAACCGGACUUCUCUCGCAGCCGAGUUGCUAUGGGGUCGAGCCGAUCUGAGUAAGAAGCAAAAAAAUCCUGGAAAUUAUCACUCCAAGCACUUGAGAUCUGAAGUAGUUGCCCUUGAUGAUGACUUUGAGGCUGAUUUUAAGGAUUUUAAAGAGUUUGAUAACGAUGAGGAUGUUGAAGUCGAUGUCGAGCCAUUUGCUUUCUCCACUUUCAAACACUCUACUGGUUCCAAGAGGAAGAAGAGGUACGAGGAGAGAAGUCAUAAGGAGGAGAAGAUAUAA